AAUUGGUAAAAAAGGACACUCUCAACUCCAAUUUGUCUCAAUAAGAUUUUGUCUAAGAUUUUUGUUGUUUUAAGAUUUUAAUUACUAUUAAUACGAUUAUACCCUUAGAUUAAUCAAUUUCAACUUAAUUAAAAUAUAUAAUGUAAAAUAGAAAAAAAGAGAACACAGUUAACCUAAAUCUAUUAUUCUCUUCUAGCGUCUUCUCCGCCAAGAGCUUCUUCCUCUCUUCAAUGGCGAUUUGUUCUUCUUCGAACGGUUAAAUCCGUCUGUCUCUCUUCUAUAUUUAUGCUUAGUUGUUCAUAUGCAGUAAACUGUCUAGCAAAUCUGAACAGAAUUUGCCAUGUUUGCAUCCGCUACAAAGUUUCUACAGAAGCUCUAGAGCAAUAUAUUAUGCUCGUGUUUUGGUUCAAGUCUUGGUUAAAACAUUUCGGCGGAAAAUCUCCUCAAGACAGUGCAGGGGAUCUUCUUAGUUGUUCAUAUGCGGUACUUGACAAGACAAACUCUAUUGACGGAACAGUUCGAGAAGAAGUUAUGUUUCAGAGUGAGGUGAAGAAGCUACAACAGGAGCAGUUCAGGCCAGCAGAGCAAGUUUCAAUUUCAUCACAAGAGAUGCUGCAGUACAUCGUCUUGGAGUGAAACAUGAUCGUACAUGAGCGAUCUAUUGUACCAGCAAGACCUCUAAAACAGCUUUGCCUUCCAUUUUUUUCUUCUGGGCACCAACAGCUUUGCCUUCCAAAUGCACGUUUCUUCACUCUUUUUUUUGUCCUGAUCCAUAUUAUCAUCAUUACUUCCCGAACAAACAAAAUGUUACCAAGUAAUCAAUUAGUUGUAUCUUGUAAGCUUUUGUUUCCUUGUUCAUGAUCCAACUUUUGUAACCGUCACAAAAAUGAGCAAGUAAUUCUCAAUGUACAUGAAAUGGUUUUGUUCAACUGAAACUUCAAGUUUUUUCA